AGCCUCAACUUUACGCAUCACAUUGCCACCAACAACGAUGACGAGCACAUCAUGACUUCGCAGGACGUCACGCAAGACGAUGGCAAAGAAAGCGACUAUGGAUCCGAGUUUGGAACAGACGACGAAGUGACACUCUCAGUCCUCCUCACGCAAGUCGCGUCGCAGCCUGCCACAUCAAUAAGCAACCAUGCUGAAGUCUUGCCGGGCACUCCCACUUUGUCGCCAUUCGCCAGAGGCACGCGGCGCAAAUAUGUCGACGACAAAGGCAUUGUCUUCGAGAUGGUCUCGCGCGACGGCCCUGUCGGCGAGGCUUCAGUCGAGAUCGAGUACGACGAGCACAACCGCGUCGUUUUCUCCCCUCGUCCUGACGCUGCCCGCCUGUCCGUACCGUCCCGCGAAGUAGAUGCCGAACCUGAACAACCAGAUCCUCUAGACACGCGAUCACCAAUCGAACGAUUCCGCACGCCCCCGAAGAAGCCUCUCUCUGUCACUGAUAUCAUAUCUCCUGCUUGGUGCGAGUUGCAAUACUGGUACAGCUUGACCAAAUAUGGAAGAGUCCGCCGAACGGCCGCCAUGAAGCAGGGCUCCUCCGUGCACAAGGUUCUGGAAGAGCAGGCUGCUACAGUCUUGCCCGUUGACACGAUACGCCUGCUGGUCGAGAGAAUUCUACAAGAAGAGUUGAAGGCAGUCGUAUCGGCCGAGACGGUAAAUCAGGUCGUACAAAAGGCUCUAGAACAAGAGAAGCGCACUGCAGUCCCUCUGGACGUUGUCGGAGGCCUCGUACAUCAAGUUCUGGAGAAAGGCAAGCUCGAGCCAGUCGCUGUCAACACUGUCAGCGAGUCGGUACAUAAAGUCACUGGUGCACAGGUCCAAAAAGCUGUCACCGUUGAAGUCGAGACCAAAGAAGAUGCUUUCGGCUUGCGAAUCUGGAAUAUUAUACAGAGUCUACGAACCCUAAGAACAACCGGACAGGCUCGCGAAUUUGAGACCUGGGCCGUUAUCGAAGGUCAAGUUGUUAAUGGUAUUAUUGACGAGCUCAGUUAUGAAUGUCCUGACGAGGACUUUGAAGCGAGUCUAGCUCAGCAGAAGGAGCCAAAGCCCAAAAGAGGAAGACCGAAGAAGCAAAAGUCACUACCGNAGUACCAGACCAAUCUGGAUACUUUCUUCAGCGGCUCUCAAACAACAGAGAGUAACGACACUGCAUGGCUGGGAAGUCCUCAUGCCAAUCGCAGAAUAUACAUCAAGGAUGUAAAGACUCGUGGCUCAAAAAGCAUGCCCAAGGGGGAGGCAUCAUUCCGACCUACCUCUAUGCAACUGAUGAUGUAUCACCGCAUGCUUUCUUUGGUCGCCUCAAAUUCGGUACCAGCUGAGCAGGUCUUUGCUCGCUACGCUCUCGACAGCAGCGUUGCUUUCAGCGACAUGUUCGUUGCCCAGCUAGGCGGCAUCGAGUCAGAUGUUCAACUCGCAGCGGCUGAACAAGCAGAGACACCAGUUCAAGACACGAUCGAUGAGUUACUUGCUCACAACAGCCUCGAAAAACUCUGGACGUUAAUGAUCUCGGAGUUUCAGCUUGCUAUACCAUUCUCCAAUAAGCCAUCAUCGCCAUCUCCGAUCGGCGACGUGCUCAUGGCCGAAUAUAGAGCGUCUGGCAGCGGCUCCGUGAUAGGAUCGAAGACCUUUGCCUACGAUCCCGAUGUCCUAGACGCCUACUUGAAGAAAACAAUGGCUUGGUGGAACGGCGAACGGAUGCCGAAGGGCGUGGAGAUCGAAGAGGCUUUCAAGUGUCGAAUGUGCGAGUUUGCCGAAGUGUGCGGCUGGCGCAAGGACAAGGUUGAGGAAGGCGUCCGCAAAGCCAGACUUCGGAAUCAAGGCAAGAAGAAGAGCGACGUUUGA